AUGGUACAAUUUAUCUACCAGAGUCCCAAGAGCCUCACUUUGAGUGAAGCGGAUCGCCGGAUUGUGCGGAAGGUGUCCAACACAGCGGCGGCAGCGACGCGGAAAGCCAAAGGAACAGCAUCCAGAACCAACCCUUUACAACUACCGGACUUUCUGGUCUUCGAGAAGGAAGACGCCGGUCCUCUGGGUACCCAAGAAAAUGCACAUUUAACCCAAAUGCAACAAUCGAACCGUACUCCGGGGGUUCAAGCCCGUGCUGCUCGUCGACGCCUCUCUCCUGGAGAACCCUCUGCUCGACGGAGCCGUACUCCCCCUCUUGCACCGCCGUUGUCUCUCUGGCCCAGCCAGACCGAUUCCCCUGACUAUGUAUUCUUGCUCAUGCAGCCUGGACUCGACCAAAAACUGCUGCUCGAGGCGUCGAGUAUGGGUGUAAACUCGGACCCACGACGGUGGGUAAAAAUCUGUCGGUUAAGCACCAUCUUGCAAUUUCUGCCUCAAAUGAUUGGGCACACCAGGUGCCUCGAUUAUGCAAUCGACUGCUUGACCGAACGCGUUCGCCAGUGCUGCGUGCAGAGUCCCGACAGGGAGAUGGCCCUAACUCAAUUGGAGAGGCGCUACGGGCGUGCCUUGCAAUGUCUGCAGAACACCCUCAACUCGUCUAGGAACAUCGAUUGGACCGUAUGGUACACGACUCUGUUGCUAACCUUGUUCGAGCUACUCGACAACUCUGGUCAUCACGCAUGGAUUUCGCACUCGCAGGGUGGGAAACAUCUCUUGUCUUCGCUCGGGCCAAACAACAUCAAAUCAGAGUUUGAGCAGAUCCUACUGGCAGCGCAAUGCCAGAUUAUGACAGUCGAAGCCACUUUUCUCAACCAAGACUGCUUUCUGAGCAGCCCGGCUUGGCAGCGAGCUCUGGCAUCUACAAUCACCUAUGGCACCCUCCUGUCAGAUCGUGCAGAGCUAGUUCUGACCAUGUGGAUGAUGACAACUCGUGCGCCGGGGCUCUUCAGAAGGUCAACCGAAGCCGUCCUACGAAGAAGCCACACCCCCGAACAGAUUGCAAGUAUCGCAGACGAACUGAGUGCUCUCAUUGAGGGAUACUCGAACUGGCGCGGGAAAUGGGAAGCGAUCCUGCUCAACGGAGGGAAGCCGGUUCCUGACGGCACCCGCGCUGACGAGGUGCCUUUGGCGCGGACGAUCCCUACCAUCUAUCACAUCUUCCUGGCCUUCUGGGCUCUGACCAACCGUUUUCUCGUGGCCAUACAACCGGCCCAAGCAUCUGGGGCGGAGACGAACGCGCUCAACGCAGCUCUGCGCAUCAUCGAACUCGACCAGCGUCAAGAGACGGAUUCCGUCACCGAUCUCUGCAGAACCUUUUCGGCAGGUAUUGCUCGCUCGAUCAAGCUCACGACCUUGGAAUGGGCAACACACCAAGUGGUAUGCCACACCUCGGAAACGAUCGAGCCCCGGCUAUUUUUGCACUGGUGUAGCCUGCUGGGACGAGCGACGGAGUGA